AUGACUUAUGAAGGGUUUAAAGAUGAAAUAGUAUUUGACUUAAAAAAAAUUAGGGAUGAAGGAAAAAUUAACUCAACCGAAGUUGAAUUGAUUGCAAAGGAACUUUUGGAUAAUGGAGACAAUAAAGACCAUAGUUAUCUAGGAGAGCAAAGAACAGUAAUUGAAUACUCUUCUUAUGGUUCUAAAUUAAAAAAUGGAGUUGGUUACUGCUUUGGGGUUUUCUAUGACAAAGAUGAUAAAGAAGCUAAGCGAGAAAGAAAAGAAAGUAUCGAAAGGCAAAUCGAAAUCAAAAAUUCCCUAGACUUCUAUCAGCAAGCACCAUUUUUAACCAUUGCCAAGGAUUUAUUAAAGUUGAUUAAAGAGGAUAAAAUUGAAAGGUUAAUAUUCUUAACUGCUUAUGAUGAAAGAAAGUUUCCUAAUGGAGACAAGAGAAAGAUAGAGAUAUUUCAUAAUACUUUUGCUGAAUUUGCUAAACUUCAUAAAAUCGAAUGUGAUACUAAACCUUAUGAGGGAAUUCACGGAGCAGAACUUUCUAAUGUUAAAAUUAAACUGAUUGAAUUACAAUUAAUCCCUUUCGACAGUGAAACCCAGCAAGGGACAAAAAAUGCCUCUGAUUUUGAUAUCUUUAUUGAUGAUAAUCCUAAUAUUUGCGAGAGUUUAAUAGAAGCGAUGGAGGAGGAAAGGUUAGAAUGGAAAGACCAUGCUGAUGAAUGUUAUGGUUGUUCUGACUGCCAUGACCCCGAAACAAUGAAUAUAACUAUCAUCGCUCCUUACUAUCCAGCAGUAGAAAAUCAGCAUCAUAAAGAAGUAACAUUGGUUAAAAAUGAAGUUAGUGAUUUGAAGAAAGAGGAUUUUUCUGUUGGUGAAGAAGAACAGGACGCGCCUAAACUUUUGAAAUGCGACAAGUGUAAAUCUGAUGAUACUGGUUGGUUUUUAGAAAACUGUGAAGACUGUUGCGGAACUCCUUAUGGUCAAGAAUGUUGUCCUCAAUAUCCCAAUGUUAAAUUUAGGAAUAUUUCUGAUAGCGAGUUGAUAGCUGAAAUUAAAAAACGAAUGAAAAAAACACUUGACAAUUUAAAAGCGGGCAAUGAAGAUGAUAAA